AUGUGCGAGUCCGAUGGUGGCGUGAAUGAGCGAUCUCGGGCUGGAGGUAUCGGAGGAGAGACUCCGAAUGAGCACCAACCCCCUCAGUCUUCUCAAGAUCGCCAGAAAGAGCAAUCCUCCAAGAGUCGAAGGCUUAGGAAGAAGCUACGCAGAAAGACCUUGGAAGCUCAAGUCACUGCUUUCCAAGCUUGGAACAAGCCCCAUCGAACCGACGAGCACAUAAACCCGGGUGUUUACCGCGGGUUCUGGAAAUGGCUUGCGCGCUGUUUAACCUUCUACAUCCCUUCCUGGUUUCUCAAGAACUUUAUGAAAAUGAACGACGUUCGCCGCCGUCUUGCAUUCCGACAAAAGGUACUUUUUUGCCUCCUACUUGGGGUCAUUUACACCUUGAUCUGCUACUUCCUCGUCAUUCAACCCGUAUCCAGCUGCGUGGUGAAAGUCCAUAUCGGCAUGAUUCCCAAUAAGAGUCCCUUCUGCCAGGUGGUGCGCACAGUCAUUUACGUCUAUAUGGGCUUGGGUGGUGCAUUUACACUGCUGGUGGCGAUGUGCGCGGCUCGAGUUCGCUAUGCCAGCAGUAAAUUCGAAGAACAUGACACUCUCCUAGUGAUGCACAUACCUUGUUACAACGAAAACGAGUCUGUACUCCGCAAAACAAUCGAGUCCUGUGUCGAGUCUAGUUACGACAGAAAGCGGAAGCUUCUUUUCAUUGUCGCAGACGGCACGGUUGCAGCUCCUGGGCAGAAACCUACCUACAAAAUUCUGUUGGAAGAUAUUUUCAAUCACACUGAAGAUCUCGAAGUUGGCAUCGAUAACCAGGCCCGAACAUAUACAUCCUUCGACGCGAAUGGUACUUCAGACAACCUCGCCUUUUGCUGCACUGGCUACUUUCGAGAGGUGCCCUACGUUAUUGUGGUUAAGGUUGGACGAGAGGACGAACAAGACAAGCCCAAGCCUGGAAACCGAGGCAAACGCGAUUCUCAACUCCUGGUCUACAAUUUCUUCCACUACGUAAAUUACCGCAGAUUUUGGAGCCCACUCUUCGAGAACCUUGAAUUCAAAAUACGAAUCUGCCUCAACAUAGACGCCCGUGAUGCUAUGCAUAUGCUGGUCGUGGAUUCUGACACGGAGGUUGAACAAACAGGGAUUUCAUACCUUGUCAACCAACUUCAAAAGGACCCGAAGCUUGUCGGGGUGUGCGGGUACACUGGAGUCAGCAACCCUUGGGGCAGUUUUGUCGCCUGCAGUCAAGUCUUUGAAUACUGGCUUACUCACGCCGUUCUAAAGGCAGUGGAGAGUACAUGCUCUAAUGUCCUGGUCCUCAGUGGCUGCUUCACUAUCUACCGACUGAAAUGGCCAAAUAAUAGGCCGGCCAUACUGCAUCCGCUUAUAUUGGAAGACUACGCGGGAACAUAUGACAAGACUCUGCAUGAACAUAAUCUGUUGUCCAUUGGCGAAGACCGUUAUUUGUCCACUCUGGCGAUUCGCUAUUUCGGGGCCGACUGUCGACUACGGUAUUUCCCCGCUGCGAAAUGCGCGACCUCCGUUCCCGAGACCCUUUCCGUGCUCGUUGACCAGCGACGCCGAUGGACGAAUUCUCUUAUCCACUGCCACUUUGCUCAUCUCAACGUCCUCCCUUUCGAAGCAUCAAUUUUCGCGCACCUCAGGCUCAUGUUUGUCAUCGGCUGCGAACUCUUUAUGGUGUUUAUCCUUCCACUUGCACUGCCGGCCGGUGUCGCGGUUGCAGUGAUCUCAGUCUUGCUAACCCCCUAUGCUUGGGCCAUACUACUUGCAUUCUGUCUUUUGCCGGUGUUAAUAUGCAUUGUCUGCAAUGAUUGGAAUUAUAUUCCAUUCUAUUUGCCAUUCUUCCCCAUGAUCGCCAUCUUCAGCAUUGUCAUCCCAUUAUUCUCGGCGUGGAAACAAGACAACAUCAAAUGGGGUAAGACGCGAGGUGGAUAG